AUGGUGUCUACAAGGUACAUCUUGCUAUUUCUGGCCCUGUACUAUUUCCUGGAUGACGUUGCGGCUGUGACCUGUGAUGUAGCCCCCACGCAAGCCGGUUGCAUUGACUGUAGAGUGUAUCCCACCCAUAUCGAGUGCUUGCAGAAACUUUGGACUGCAACCACAACUGCAGCUCCGCUCACUACGGCCACCACCAGAAGAUCCCGAAUCAGCAGAGUCCGCAACUUCUUCAGCAAUUUCUUUACGCGAGUUAAAAGUAAAAGUUGGUUUUAAGAAAUAAAUCAACAAAUGACA